AUGGAGAUAACGACUCUGGUGUUUGGUGCUGAUUGUCCACAAAAGACAAUACAAAACGCAGAUAGUGGUUUUCUGAGACGCCAGAUGAAGAUAGAAGACGAUACAGAAGAGGAAGACCGUGAUCCCUUCACUGUUUACCUGCCUCAAGAGUACAUCGCCAUUGUAAAUGAGGAAGAACAUUUAACAGAGGCUGGAAUGGAUACAAAGGGAGGGGAAAGACGAGAUGCAACCAUUAUGUCCUUAUUAAACAACGGUGCCGACAUCAAUUUAUGUAUGAACAACGGAACCAGUCCUCUUAAUGUAGCUUGUAAAAAUGGACAUGAUAGUACGGUGCAACUGUUACUGAACAACGGUGCCGAAAGCAAUCUUUGUACAAAUGAUGGAGUCACUUCUCUCCUUGAAGCUUCUUGUGAAAAUGGACAUGAUAGCCCAGUGCAACUGUUACUAAACAACGGUGCUGACAUCAAUUCAUGUACCAACGAUGGGGCUAGUCCCCUUUAUAUAGCUUGUGAAAAUGGACAUAAUAGCACGGUACAAAUUUUACUGAACAACGGUGCCGACAUCAAUCUGUAUACCAAAGAUGGCGUCUUCUUUAUAUAA